AUGGAGUGGCGAGGGCUGGCGUCGGCCUCCUGGGUCGCAAACAGCAGCGACUUCGCGGGCCGGCGCGGGCUUUCAGAUGCGAUGGCGCUCGGAGAAGGGACUUCGAUCGCUGGUCUUCGGGUUGAGGCGGACCAGCAGCGAAACAAGGAAAUCCGGCGUCGCGGGGCUGUAGGCGGUCACCGAUCUGCUGGUGACGAGCUGCGGUGGUACUUCAGAGACGGCAAGCGGGCGGUCGAAGGCGUGGUGGUCGCUCGGGUCGUCGUGCCGUUCGGCGGCGUCAGUGCAACACGGGCCGCCGGAUCAGAGGGCUUUCCAUCGGGUUCCGGUAUUGAACUCGAGCAUCGCCGGAUUGAAACAGAAAUGGAGCCGGCAAGAGGAGGGCCGAGACGGAACCAGCAGAGGGAAGAGGGUGAUGAACACCUCAAAGCCAGACCACAACACUUCUUGCCCCCCUCCUCCAUCCCUCGAUGCAGUCACGAUACCUUCAUCAGUUAUAAACAGGCCGACACGCGUAACUUUGUGAGCCAUCUUCGCGUUGCUCUUGAGCAAAACAAGAUAAGGGCUUUUGUCGACCUCAGUCUGGAAAGAGGACUAGAGAUUGGACCAGCAAUCACUGAAGCAAUUGAGCAGUCGAGGAGCGCCAUUGUCGUCAUCUCUCAGACCUAUGCCUCCUCGCCAUGGUGCCUGGAGGAGCUGGAUAAGAUCCUCGAGUGCAGGGAAAAGAAAGGCCAGCUGGUGUUUGUCAUUUUUGGGGAUGUCGACCCCAAAGAGAUGCGCGAGCAAUCUGGAAUAUUCAAACAGAUUGGCGAAAGUGAGAAGGGUUUCGGGCAGGAGAAUGCCGACACGGUCCGGAGGUGGAGAGACGCUCUCCGAAAAGCCGGGAAUAUUACCGGUUGGUCACUUGGAAACAGACUUGAAGCUGAAUUCAUCCAAUUCGUUGUGGAGAAAAUCUCAAGAAGACUAAGCUACUCACACAAAGACCUACUUGCUUUCCAUCCAGUUGGGUUAGAUUCUCAAGUACAAGCCUUGUGCUCCUUACUCCAAUUAAAAGUUGAGGAGGUCCGGAUCGUGGGGAUUUCCGGCACUAGGGGAAUCGGAAGGACCACACUUGUGAGAGCUCUAUACUACCGAAUUGCAAAUCAAUUUGAUCGAAGUUGCUUCAUGGCAAAUGUGAAGGAUAUAUUGAGCCAAGAGGGCCUCCUCAAAAUGCAGGAGACCCUUUUUGGUGACCUUCUCGGCAAUGGAGAUUCGGAGUUUGGCAACGAUAUAUAUGAAGUAGUAAACUUGAUGAGGAGUAAACUUCACAAGAAGAAGCUUCUAUUGGUGUUUGAUGAUGUUGAAGGGUUGUCAGAGCCCUUGAGCCACCUGAUCGAGUCAAUGAACUUUGCCUUGGGGAGUAGAGUUAUUUUGAUCCCUCGACAUGAAGAAACCUUAAUUGGUCUAUGUGGAGAUAUCUAUGAGGUAAGAGUGCUGAAUGAUGGCCAAGCUCUUGAGCUUUUUAGUUGGAAUGCAUUCCAAGAAAGGUAUCCGAAAAUUGACUAUAGAAUGCUCUCAAACUGCUUCAUCAGUUUUUCUAAAGGCCAUCCUUUGGUGCUAACUGUGAUGGGUUCUUUCUUGAGUGGCAAAAGCGUCACAGAAUGGCAAAAAGCUUUUGAUAAAUUGAAAGAAAUUUCUCAGGGAAAGGUUCACAAUAUAUUGAGGAUUGUUAUCAACGGCUUAGAGGCCAACGAGAGGACAAUUUUUCUUGACAUCGCAUGUUUUCUAAAUGGAUAUGACAAAGAAGUGAUCAUCAAGUCCCUAUACCAAUGUAGUGUCUGUGCCACUAGUGGGAUUGAUAUUUUGGCUCAAAAGUCACUCAUAUACAUUGAUGAAAAUAACAAAAUAUGGAUGCAUGAUCUGCUUCAAGAAAUGGGUAAACGAAUCGUGAUUCAAGAGUGCCCCGAAAAUCCCAGCAAGCGAAGCCGAAUAUGGCAUCAUGAGGAUGCCCUACGAGUGGUUAGUCAAAACUCGGGAACAAAUGCCAUUGAAGGCAUUAAACUAGACAAGGUCGAUGUAGAAGACUUGAUCUCGAAUGCAGACUCGUUCAAAAAGAUGAAGAAACUCAGGCUAUUCAUGAUGGCUGAUCUUGCUCCUCAUUGUGGACCAGCCGGACAUCUAUCGAAAAAGUUGUGGAAGUGUUUCGCACAGAAGAAAAAUAAUAUGUAG